CCUAAGGUUCAGCUUCCAAAAUGAGAAACUUGAUUGUUCUUAACCGAGGCACCAUUGACCCUCAGUCUCGGACAUAUCCAGACUUAGCUCUAGUUGAUUCGGUGUUUGACACUGUGUCCGACAGUAUUACUAUUGUAUUGUACUCCGAAGAAUCUGCCACUAUAGAAGUCCAACAAUUUAUGAAAAAUGAGCAGGUAUUGGUUUUGGCAUCUUUCCCUAUAUCUGAUCCCCUGUCCAAGUUGUUGAGUUUCAAUCAUUUUGUAGACUCUGCCCAAUUGGUAUUUGUGUUGAGCAAUGGGGAUCUUAUUACAGCCAGCUACGAUAUGAGCAAUCCAGAAUAUGACACCACUAUAGUGGAAAUUGUAGGUUCCAUAGAUGUGGGUUUGUUGGCUUCUCAAUGGUCACCUGAUGAAGAGACGUUGGCAAUUGUCACUGUAGAAAACAAGUUAUUGUUACUUUCCAGACUCUUUGAACCUCUUAGUGAGAGGGAAUUGGAUCCCAACGAUAUCAAAAUCACUGACUCGAAGCAUGUUGCGGUAGGCUGGGGUAAAAAGGAGACCCAAUUCAAAGGAAGAGGAUUCAAAGCUUUGGAGCGUGAAAAAGAGGCCUUGAAACAUGCUGGCUUGGAGUUGAAAGAAGACACACCAUUGCGGGAUCCUACUGUAGCCGAGGUUGAACAGGGUACGUUGUCUCAGUUCGACGACUUUUCCACUAAGAUUAGUUGGAGAGGUGACUGCGAGUAUUUUGCAGUUACCACCACUGAAUCUGUGUUGGUUGAAGACAUAGGAGAUAUGUACGACAGAAGAGUCGUCAGAGUAUUUACUCGUGAGGGAGAGUUGGAUAGUGUUAACGAAGCUGUAGAUGGCUUGGAACACAACUUAGCAUGGAAACCACAGGGUGCGUUGAUUGCCUCAACGCAGAGACAUGUUGACCCUGAUGGUGACCAGGCCCUAGACUUGGUAUUCUACGAACGAAACGGCUUGAGACAUGGCCAGUUUAAUACCAGAUUAAAUCCUUUCACUGAAGGUAUCAACGGCUUGGAUUGGUCUUCUGAUAGCGAAAUCCUCUUAAUACAAUUGCAUAAUAGAGUCCAGUUAUGGACAUCCAAGAACUACCACUGGUACUUGAAGCAGGAAUUGCACAUUAAUCAGUCACUUGUACCUGAGAACCAGGUUAUUUUUGCCAAAUUCCAUCCAGAAAAGCCUUUGCACUUGAUGAUUGGUACGUCACAUUCAGGCAUCCAGGUCGUCGAUCUUGCCCUCAGAGUUGUUACUGGCCCUACCCAUAUCGGACAUGAUCUCGGAAUGACUCUUGUCACUGACGGAAACAUUGCUAAGAUAACUCCUUUGUCUAUUGCCAACGUCCCUCCACCAAUAAGUUUCAGAGAAUUGGAAGUGGAAGAUCCUAUAUCAGACUUGGCUGUCAGUAAAUGUAACGAAAAGUAUGCCAUUUUGACCAGCACCAACGAUGUCUACUUAAGUCAUUUUGCUAUCGCCGAUGCAAAGAACGGUAAACAUCCCAAGAUAGCCAGUAAAAUCAGUAGCAACUUGAUUAUUACCGACAAUAACGAAGUAGCCAAGCAAAUCGCCUUUAUCAAGGACUCUUUGGUCCUUAUUGCUGUUGAUGGAGUAGGUUAUACCAAAGUUGUUGCUUUUGAAGUAGACGAUAUCGCUAAUCCUACUUUCAACGAGUCUAUCGAUGUUUCUCCCAAGCUUGUGAUUAUGAAAUCGCUGGCUGACUUUGAAGCUGUCACUGCUGAGGCUGUAGAUGGCACCAUAUAUUUGAUCAAUGCUGCUCAAGACAUAGAUGAGAUUUGUAAGUUCCCUCAGUUGUGUCGUGAUUACGAAUUGGUCACAACACCUGGAGAUGAAUAUUCUGGAAAUAAGCAUACCGCAUUUGGUCUUUCUUCGAACGGUAAAUUGUAUGCUGGAGAGACACAAGUGGCUUCAGCAGUUACGUCAAUUAAGGUUACGGAAUCACACUUACUCUUCACUAAUGCCCAAUCGCAGUUGUGUUUUAUCCACUUAGCUACUGCUAAUGGCAAAUUCGACUACGAAGUUUACCAAAAUACAACCACUGAAUCUGUAGAUGAAAGAGUAAGACAGAUCGAAAGAGGCUCGUGGUUGGUAAAUGCUAUGCCAUCGAAGUAUUCUGUUGUCUUGGAAUCUCCAAGAGGGAACUUGGAAACUAUCUGCCCAAGAAUAAUGGUGUUGUCGGGAGUCCGGAAGUUCAUCAAGGAAAAGAACUACAAAGAUGCCUUCUUGGCUUGUCGAACACACAGAAUUGACUUGGACAUACUUCAUGACUACGAUCCAGAGUUAUUCUUUUCUAACGUCGAAUUCUUUGUCAAGCAAAUCAAGAAGGUGGAACAUUUGGACUUGUUCGUCUCGUGCUUACACGAAGAAGAUACGUCUAAAUCAAAGUAUAGGGAAACUAUCCAUGAAACAGGACCUGUUCUUGAUAAACUUAACCAAUUGAGUAUUUCGCAAUCAAAAGCUCAGACUCAAGCUCAGACUCCAGAACCCCAAGAUGUGCACAACACCGUCAAGAGAAUAAUUAGAAACAAAGAAGUCGUUGAAGACUUCAAGGAUUCCAAGAUAAACAGAAUCUGUGAAGCCAUUUUGUCUGUAUUAUUAAAGCCAGAAUACUUCCAGACCUAUUUGCAAACUAUCAUUACAGCCUACGCCUGUGAAAAACCACCUAACUUGUCUGCUGCCUUGAAGUUGAUUGGUGGGUUUGAAAAUCCUGAACAAGUUGAACAGUCAGUGACUCAUUUGUGUUUCUUACAAGACGUCAACAAAUUGUACAACACAGCUUUGGGCUUGUACGAUGUGAGAUUGACUUUGGCUAUUUCUCAACAAUCUCAGAAAGAUCCUAAGGAAUACUUGCCAUUCUUACAGAACUUGCACAUUCAAAAGGAAUUAAGAAGAAAAUUCUUGAUUGACGAUUACUUGAAGAAUUACGAGAAGGCAUUAGAUUCGUUGCACCAAGAAGGAGAGGAUUCUGAACAAGAAUUUGAUGACUACGUUGUAGCUCACAGCUUGUACAAAUACGCCUUGAAUAUCUACAAAUAUGAUGAUAAAAGGUCGAACGACGUUUUGAGAUUGUAUGCUGACUACUUGAACCAUCAACAGAACUUCGCUGAAGCUGCUAUUUCGUAUGAAUACUUGGGCGAUUUUGAGAAUGCCUUAGAAAACCAUAUACUCGGCAAGAAGUGGAAGGAAGCUCUUGCUAUUACCGAGAGACCUGAAUAUUCCAGUAAGAUGGUAGUAACUGCAGAAAGAUUGGUUUCUUCGUUAACAGAAGAUCACAAGUAUGCUGAGGCUGCUGUAAUUGAGUUCCAAUUCUUGGGCAAUCUCGAAGAAGCAAUCAAACUCUACUGUAAGAACUAUUAUUAUGAUGAAGCUAUUUUGUUGAGUUUCAAGCAGAAGAAACCCGAAUUGAUUGAAACAGUAGUGGAUACUCAACUUAACGAGGGCUUUGGAACAAUUGCCGAGCUUUUGGCUGAUUGUAAGGGCCAGAUGAACUCGCAGUUGAGAAGAUUGAGAGAAUUGAGAGCCAAGAAGGCUGAAGAUCCUUACUCUUUCUACGGUGUUCCUGAUGAAUUGGAUACUCCUGAUAAUGUUUCGGUUGCUGCUUCAGAAACCUCCACCACACCUUCAUUCUUUACUAGAUACACAGGUAAGACGUCUGGAACUGCUAAAACUGGUGCCUCUAGACGAACAACCAAGAACAAGAAGAGGGAAGAAAGAAAGAGAGCCAAGGGUAGAAAGGGCACCAUCUAUGAAGAGGAGUAUCUUAUCAAGUCCGUUGGCCGUUUGUUGGAGAGAUUGGAACAAACAGAGCCUGAUGCUAUCAGAUUGAUUGAGGGUUUGAUUCGGAGACACAUGAAGGAAAAGGCCUAUCAAAUCCAAAAGAACUGGAGUGAGCUAAUUGAUUUCAUCACUGAAAACGUUGUCGAAAUCCACAACAUGAGCGAAAAAGAUAGAGAAAGAAUCGACGAUAAUGGUGAAGUAUAUCUUAUUCCUGAAAUUCCGGUACCCACCAUUCGUGAAUUCCCAAAAAAGAACAUCUUGGAUUACUAGUUCUUGCAAAUUAUGUACAUAUAUUAAACUAAUGAACAGUAUUAUAGAUUCGUUAG